UGACCAUGUGAGAGUUCACAGGUCACUCCGAGGUCGUGUUGUGUUUUUAGCCUGGAUCAGGGAUGUGAUGGCUUUCCUGACGCUGUUCAUGAGGAGGCAGUUGCCGCAGUCCGCGUCCUACUUCGCCCGGAUAGUGGGGCUGGUCCGGCCGCCCUGCGCCAAAGCCCCGGUGCGGAGGCUGCACGGCACGGCUCGGCUGCGGCAAGGCGAGAAAGGACCGUGGGGGAAGAGCCGGGUUCCGGAGCCGCAGCAGCAGCACCACCACCACCAGUUCACAGACCUGGACAAAGCGGACGCUUUGAUGCUGAGAAAGUCACAUGAAACAGGAUUCCUCUCGUGGUUCAGGAACGGCCUGCUGGCAACUGGGGUCGGAGUCAUAGCUUUUGUCCAGAGUGAAGUUGGGCGAGAAGCCGCGUAUGCCUUCUUCCUCCUGGGAGGCGCGUGUGUGUCGUUCGGCAGUGCCUCGUACAUCAGCAGCCUCUUUGCCUUGCGGAGGAUCAUGCUGAUGUCUGUGCCGGCGUUGUUGCUCCAUGGCGCCGUGGUGGCCAGCGUCGCCCUCUUCUGGCUCUGCGCAGUAUCUCUGUACAUUGGCCGCCUGGAGGUGGAGAUCAUCCACGAGGUGGAGGGAGAGGACGAGGAGGAGGAGUGCAGAGAGUGCCGCGAGAGGCGCGAGGAUGGCGACGGCAAGGACGCGAAGAAGUAGUGAUGUCUCUGUGUGUGUGUGUGUUGAAGAGAGACUUUUGGAUCCUUUGUACAACUGAUCUGAGAAAAUUCUGAUAAUUUGAUAGCUUCUGAUGAAAAGAGGUUUUGUUUUUUUUUUGUAUAGAAAUUAUAAUCAUAUAUACACAGAUAUUUUCAAUGCUGCUUCACUUGCGUCAUCGGCCUGUCUGGAAAUGGUGCAUCUUCACAUUCCCAGACAGAAAGAUACACUGUGAACAUCACAUUUGAUCUACUUGCUUUUCUCAGGCUGCUGUUGCAAGUGUCUGUUUGUCAGAAUUAGCUACGACACUUGAAGUUCCCAUAAAGUCUUGCUGGUUGUCACAUCCUGUGUGAGAUCGAGGUAAACGGAGAUGCUACGUGCAUGUUUUUAUUGCAAAUGAACGAGGGCUUAGAAUGAACUUGAACAGAGGUUUUGAAAACCCUGUGAAGUAUUUUUUCAAAAAAAAGAAAGAAAGAAAGAAGAGAAAUUGUGAGGACAAUAGCACUUUUGUCAUUUCUGUGUGUUUGUUAUUACAGUACCGUUUAGACUUUUGGAGUUUUUCCACAUCACUUCUGAGUCUUACUGUAUAGGCUUGGUAUUGUUGUUAUAAAUGUACAGUACCUUUUCUUACACCAUCUGCUGAUCUCUUGUUGCUGUUUUAAUGACUUAAAGAAUACUUGAUGGUAUGGGAACGUUUGUUAUAUUAGUUUUGUGUGUGGAAACAGAGUUCACGAUCGUUUACUUUUGUCUGUUAUACUUUACCAUAUGUACAGUAAUAAAACUGACUGGAAACUUCA